CAAGGUGGGUCCAAUCAAAUCCUUCACCAACUCCGAAUUGUCCAAUUUGAAGCAAUACUAUCGGCCGAUACUAACUUGAUGACUCGAUAAAUGUUUGCGUUGAAUCAUUGCAUACCAUAGAAAAUAAACACCAACCUCUCCCGCUCUCCUUUGAACGAAAGGAAGAUGAUUCGCUCUUUUCCCUUUUAUCUCGUGUCUGCCUUCUCUAAUGAUGCCUUCGGCGGGAAUCCUGCUGCCGUCAUCUUUCUCGACAAGCCUGAUAUCACCGAUGAUGUUCUGAUGAAAAUCGCAGACAAUCUCAACCAGCCCGCCGCUGCGUUCCUCUUUCCUGCCCCACCCUCUACAGAUCCGAGAGUAUUCAGAUUCAGGAUACGCUACAUCGUAGGACCGGGAACGGAAGUACCCUUCUGCGGACAUGCAACCAUCGCCUCCGCAAAGGUUGCUUUCGAGAAGCACGACCUCGUUCCCAGCGAGGUUGCGGUGCUCGAGUUCGAGACACCGGCCAGUGGUGUGAUGAGAGCUAUCAAAGCGGGAGAUGGGUUCAACGAGAUCCAGCUUCCACUGGCAACGGUGGAAGAGGUUGGAGCAGAUGAGGGAGAGAGAUUGUCAAAGCUGGUACAUAGUGCCUUUGGUAGGGAAGUCGAAAUCAAGUUCAUCGGCAAGGGAGGCGAGGGUUUCCGAAAUUCCUUACUCGUUGAAGUAGAUGCAAGGGAGGAUCUCAAGGAAUCUGAUAUCAAUGUGAAUCCCUUGAGAGAGACUGGUUGCUCAACGAAUAUACUGACUACGGAGUCUUUGACAGGAGAGGAGAUUUUCGUUUCACGAAUGUUCGCGCCGGCUAUCCUCGCUUCUGGGGAAGACCACGUCUGCGGUGCUGCCCACUGCUUGCUGACACCAUAUUGGUUCAACAAGAAGAACGUCACGGAAGAACUGGGGGCAGCCACACAAGUUAGCAAACGAGGAGGAAUGCUCAGAGUGGGGAAAGGUAAAGGGGUUGUUCGUAUUCAAGGGCAGGCAUGCGUAUUCUCAUCAGGAACAUUGUAUCUAUAAUCAAGUUAAGUCGGUUGAAGAUCAACGAUGGUGGCUGUGUAUAUUCGACGUGAUCAAGACUUGACUUUAUCUGCCUCGAGGCUCGCGCGGUUUUGAUGGGCGUCCUGGCUACCGAUAUGUUCAACCUUCUCGCACAGAACUUCAGUCUCGGUGGCUUUCCUUGCUAUCUCUCUUUGAAGGGUUGUCCUUCACCAUCAAAUGACAAUGGACUUUCCGAUUGGAUGUUACUUAUAUUUUCCAACCGAGACAAAGGUUCUUGUC